UUAGGUUCGAAAACCCUAAAGGAGUUACGCCGCUUAUAACAGACCUGACCUUGUUAAGCUGUGGUGGCGCCUCCAGAGUCUGUGAAAGAGCUUAAUCCUUGUAUCGCGAUCUUUCUCGGCAUCCAAAAAUGUCUCUAGUUGCGAACGAGGAGUUUCAGCAUAUUUUGCGUGUGCUCAACACUAAUGUCGAUGGGAAGCAAAAGAUUAUGUUUGCCUUGACCUCGAUCAAGGGUAUUGGAAGGCGAUUGGCCAACAUUGUGUGCAAGAAGGCUGAUGUUGACAUGAACAAGAGGGCUGGAGAACUAAGUGCUGCAGAAAUCGACAACCUCAUGACAAUCGUUGCGAACCCUCGUCAGUUCAAGAUCCCAGACUGGUUCUUGAACAGGCAAAAGGAUUACAAGGAUGGGAAAUACUCCCAAGUUGUUUCCAACGCUCUGGACAUGAAGCUGAGAGAUGAUCUUGAGCGUCUCAAGAAGAUCAGGAACCAUCGUGGUCUGAGGCACUACUGGGGUCUCCGUGUACGUGGACAGCACACCAAAACCACCGGACGCCGUGGAAAGACUGUUGGUGUCUCUAAGAAGCGUUAAAAAAGAGUUGGUUCGUGUUGCACGACGAGCUUGGUUCAAUGGCUUUGCUUUGUUUUGUAUUGUUUUUUGCAGAAGAGAUAGUUUAAGCAAUGUUGUUUCAUCAAAAGACGGUCUUAGCUUUUACAAUAUAUAAUUGAAUCCAAAAACUAUGUUGUUCCUA